AUCGCUCUACAAUUGGAAUUAAGUUAAAUUGAUUAAUAGUUAGGAAUGACGUGUGAAAAAGAAAGCCACAUGAACCUGUCCGAUCUAUCAGGAGUUGAAGAGGAACGCAUACCAAAAAUAACUCCAAUAAUAAUGGACCAACGACUCUCUCUCUCCCAUACACGAUAUAUACAUUGUUUAUAUUUUUGUGUCUUUCUGUGCAUGCAUAACCUUGCCCUAAAAUGCUGUAAAGAUUCAAAUACCCAGUUGCUAUAACACAACUUUUUGAGGAACCAGCACCAAAUUAUUCAUUGUGUUGAUCCACAUUCAGACUAUAAUGGAAUCCAUUAAAGGGCAUGGAGGGAUUCAAAUGCUAUUGACUGCAGAACAAGAAGCCCAACACAUUGUUUCUACUGCUAGACAAUCCAAAAUGACAAGACUAAAGCAAGCUAAAGAUGAAGCCGAGAGAGAAGUCAUGCUAUGUGGAUCCCAUAUGGAAGAAGAAUAUCAUAAGAAAGUCACAGAGAUAACUGGAAAUUCAGGAUGUACUUCUAAACAAUUGGAAGAAGAAACUGAAGCGAAAAUUAAAAAGUUAAAAGAGUCAUCUUCUUCAAUCUCAAAAGAUGUGAUUGACAUGCUCAUCAAGACAAUAGUUAAAAUUUAA